UUCCUCUUAAAAAUAAUUUUAUUAAGCAGGGGCGUUUGAUCGUUUUCUGUAUUUUUUUGUCCUUUUAAAUAAAUUCAAUUUUUUUUCCCGCGCCAUUCCACAAAUGCGCAUCGGAGAUGAGGGAUUUUUACCUUCAAACGCCACAGAAGGACAACACUCCAUCUAAUCGGCGAUCAAAAUCCGUUUCCGAUUACACUAAGAAUCCUCAUAAAGUGAGUAAAAAGAGUUUGAAUUCCGUGUCUACGGCGGUAUCUGAAAAUGAAUCUUCAGUUGUUGAAUCACCGGAGAAAUCGAUUGAUUUCUCGAUCUCUGAGGUUCGUGAUUAUAAUCCCUUCCAUAAAUCUACAGAGAAUUCCAUCGCUUCAUCAAGUCCAGUGGAUACACCUUCAUCAGAAACAGUUGCUCGUUCUGAUCACUCUCCAUCCUUAUCAUCAUCAUCCGUAAUUACUUGUGACAAGUAUAUAGCUGCCAGUGUGUCAAGCAGUAAACGUAAAAAUCCUGAAGAAGUAAACUCUCUGAAUAAGAAUGGAUCUGUUGAGGCAGAGAUGGUAAUAAAACAUCUGAGAGAUGCUAGAAUUCAGGUAACGAAUUCAAAUGAUAUGGACCGGUCCAAGAAGCUUCUGGAAGUUUUGAUAAGUUCCACUAUUAAAGAGCUCGGUGGUAGUCCACAUGAAGAGGAGGACUGGAUCAAUGAACUUGUUUCAAGCAAUGCUAGAGUAGUUAUCCUUGGUGUUUUGCUGGGAAUUUUUGCAAUUCUUGUGUUUGUGCUCAUCAAUUCAGAAGCAAAAGGCAUUCCUAGUGGACCUCCACCAACUUGACGUAGUCCACUCAUCAAUCAUUUUGAUUGGAUUUGAUUGAUAAAAAUUGCUGAAGAUGACAUCAUCACUGGUCUCGAAUCCAGUAGUGAAUUCCGACAGAUCAUCCAUAAGAAGAAAGAAGAAGAAGAAAAUCCACGGCCAAAUCCUUGGAGAGAAUCAUAAUACUAAUAACCUUCAGAAUUCCACUGAAAAUUCAGUAAUUCAAUGGAAAUCUGAAGCUCGGCAGAAUAGUUACUCAUCAAAAUUGCUCCAAGCUCUACGCCAAGUCCGUCGCAGCAGCUCAACACUUGCAUCAGCUCCGAAGUGCGGCCGAGCCGUCCGUGAAGCAGCGUACAGGGUGUUGGCUGCCUCAGCCAAGGGCCGUUCCCGAUGGAGCCGAGCCAUUCUGACAAACAGGCUCAAGCUCAAGUUCCUCAAAAAGAAUAACCUCAACAAGAGG